AUGGAUUUUAUAAAAGUGUUGUUUUUUAUAUUUAUAACCCGUGAAGUUCGUGCACAAUUUGUGGAUGUCAGUGAAGUAAUUUUCCCGCUCGAAAAUCCAGAUGAUUAUUCGCCCGAAUAUUCGAUCAUCAAAGCUCAAAUGAAAAUUAGUUUUUCUAUUGAAGAUAGCAUUCGACGCGUAAGAAAUGCAACGGCUUAUCAAGAAAGACAGAAAAGUAAUCAAAUUCAAGUUUUCGAUUUUGUUGGUUUAGUUCAGCAGUACGAAGGUUACGUUGCUGAAGAGCACACGGUGACUACUUUGGAUGGAUAUAACUUAAUUCUGCAUAGAAUUCCAAGAAGCAAUACACCUCAAAUCAGCAAUCAAACCCAAGUAGUUUUCAUACAACAUGGAUUGUUUUUGUCAUCCGAUGCUUUCGUUUUGCAAGGCCCAAACAAAGAUCUCGCGUUUCGACUAGCAGAUAAAGGUUAUGACGUUUGGUUUGGAAAUGCCAGAGGUAAUGCAUACUCACGUUCGCAUAAAUUCUACAAUCCAAACCACAAUGAUUUUUGGAGAUUUAGUUUCGACGAAGUUGGCCGGAUCGACUUCAAAUAUUCCAUCGAUUACAUAUUGUCUGUAACAAAGACGUCACGAUUGACCAUAAUCGGUUACUCCAUCGGAGCGACGGAGUCAUACGUAUUUCUAUCGGAGCAUCCGGAAUACAACGACAAGGUAAAUCUGUUGAUCAGCGUUUCACCUCUAGGAUUUUGGUCCAGACCAACACCCGAGGAAAAGGAGAAAAUAUACGGCAUCGCCAAGCAGAUCGAUCUGGUUCGAAAAAAAACUCACAAGGAAGAGAUGUACCCAUUGACCUCGUUUACGCAGCAAUUCUGGAAAAAUCUCUGCUCGCCCGACAACGAUCAAGAAUCUCAGGAUGUAUGCGAUUUUGUGGUAAACAGUUUCUUUGGAUCCAUGAAUACCACUUACGAAAAGGAUCUAAUUAAGCGUAUCAUGCAAUAUAUACCAGCUGGAACAUCAGCCAAGACUCUGCUGCAUUUAUUGCAAACCAUGGAUCAUGGAACAUUUAAAAAGUAUGAGCAUAAAAUUGGCACUGCUAAAAAUUACAACUUGACAGCCAUUACCGUUCCAACGGCAAUUUUCAGCGCGUGCAAUGAUCAAUUCGUCAUUCAAAAGGACUGUGCAACUUUGAAGGCAUCCAUACCUAAUUCUGUGAUUUUUAAACUCUUUAAAAACGAAACUGUGAAAAUAGACUAUUUAGAUUUAUUGUGGCAUGAGGAUAUUGACAUGAUCAACGAUUCGAUUUUGAAGUUAUUGUAA